AUGCCCCCAGUGAGGAGCAGCAGGAAGGCUCUGGAUGGCCGGGAGCUGAUGGAGCCCACGCUGGACCAGCUGGGUCAGAGGACGAGAGAAGUGGAGAUGGAGCAACUCAAAGGGAAAAGGAGAGUGGAGUCCCUCUGGAACAUCUUCAGGAUCCACCACCAGAAAACCUGUUACAUCUGUGAUCUCUUCCACACGAGGAAAGCAACCAGCAGAGAGCUCUAUGGGUACUGCACCAAGGGAGACAAAAACCUGACUGCAAAGUGGAAGAAGCAGGGCUAUGGGAAUCUCUGCUGCAUCCAGACUCGGGACACCAACUUUGGGACCAACUGCAGCUGCAGGGUCCCCAAAAGCAAGCUGGAAGUGGGCAGAAUCAUUGAGUGCACUCACUGUGGAUGCAGAGGCUGCUCUGGGUGAAGCCUUUUGCCAUUAAAUUUGUUUUUUGAACUGUGAGGGACAUCCUCCUCCUCCUCAAUGGACUGUGAGUGCAAUUACUGCUGUGAUGGGAUAUUUCUGUAUAAUAAUUAAAGCAGCAGCAUGAUCAUCUGGAUCAUGCAUAAAUGGGGGUGCUUUGGAGUCAGCUUUUGUGUGGCCAUUUAUUUUAAAAUAAAGCUUGCCUUCGUGGGGGAAAAAAAAGAAAAAGAGAAAAAAAAAAAGUUUUGCACUGAAUGUAAUUCUGAAGUCACACAAAACAUGUAAGUGGGGUUUGCAGCCACUGCAGAGAUCACUUGGGAAGAAACGCCAUCAAGGGAAGCAAAAUCUGCCGUGUACAACAUUACGAAAUAGAAAUAUUCAUUCCUCACACCAAGCAGUAGAACAGGAGGUAUUUAGCACGAGAAGGAAGGACCUGGAAGGUGACAGAGCACUGGCAAAUGUAUCCUGAAAGGUUGAAUGAAAGCCCCUUCUGCAUUCACAUCAGCGUUUAUGUGAAAGUGUUAAGUGUAUGUGCUAGAGAGCUAUUCCUAGAUUCCCUAAGAAUGCACCACAAGAUUUUACAAGUAAUCAAUUCAAAAAGCUGGAAAACAGAAGAAAAUUAUUUAUUUAUACAGAGAAGAUCACACCUUUUAUGAAUUAUGAACUAUGCAUUUAUAUAGCAGGCCAUAUGUGCUCAUGAAUAAAUCCUUUUCUGAGACUCAAGACUUUGGUAGCUGUUCUCUAAGUUAAACUUUACACAUGUUAAUGAGGAGAAGCCUAGGAAAUGAAGACAGUUCCUUCCUAAGUAAAAGUCUUGCUUAAGCCAGUGAAACCCCAAAACCUCAGAAAGGUUUUGCAAUGUCCAUUUGUAUUUCUGGGACUGAAAUCCUUAAAACAACUCGAGAACAUUCCAAGAAAAGAAAAGCAAGACCCAGCUGUGUGCACCGAGCAGAAAAAGCUGCUUCAUGUGUUUAGGAUGUUGUCACUUACCAAGAGCAUUUAGGCUGAGGAUUUUUGUAUUUGGCUGAAUCAAACAACUAGCAUUGAAAUUUGUAAACAAUAUUGUAAUUGUUUUGUAUUGUAAUAACAAUUAGCACUGUAAAUUUAGCAUUCAAAAAUUAUAUGACUAUACAAUU